UCCGGCGUCUUUCUGAUGGCGGUUGUUUGGCGGCUUUUGCUGCUGUCGGCAGAAUUUUAGCCUGUAUGUCAGUGGGUAGAACCGAGAUAAAGGAGACGCGGAAGCGCCCGAGGGGGCGCGGUCCACACUGCACGGGAGCGAGCGGGUUGCGGAACGUGCUUCCGGGAUUAUCAACCCGGGUCUCCACCAUCAUCACGCGCUCGUCUCCUGGCACCACUGCGCCCAAAAGGUGCUAUAGCAAACAGCGGGCCAAAGGCCACGGCCCAGGGUCCCCAAGGAGCUGCCGUAGGUAUGGUCCCCACACAGAUUGUUGGCAUGGAGGAGAAGCCGAGGAAGCCAUACCUGAACAGUGUGUUUUUAUAGAACAAGUGGCACAAGCUAGGAACCCAAAGCUGGAGCCGUCCUUCCUGAAGACUCUCACUUCUGAUACAUAUGCUCUGGUAGCGAAAGAUGCUCUUUUCCUGGCUGAGCACCAAGGAGUGUAUCCUGGACUGAAACAGUCCUUUCCUGGGGCUUGUCAGAAAAUGUUCACUUCUCACUUGCAGCAGCACCAGAAGCAGCUCCGUGGAGAGAAACAGCUCAGAAGGGAGGAGAACGGCACCAUGCUUGUGACAAGCUGCCAAGUACUUGUAUCUGAUAAUAUGUUCACGUGCCGAGAGGUUGAGAAGGAUUUCCUAGGCAGCCUGGACUUUCUCCAGCACCAGCCCACCCGCAAUGGAGAGCAUCCACGGAGAAGGAGGAAGAGCAGGGAGGUCUCCCACCCUGGGCGAGGGCACUACGAGUGCAGUGAAUGUGGCAAAGCCUUCACUAAAAAAGUUCACGGAGCACCAGAGAGUUCACACCGGAGAAAAACCUUUUGAGUGCUGUUGAGGGAACGUCUUUGCCCAAAAAUAUAAACUUAAUGAGCACAAGAGAAUCCACACUGGCGAAAGACCUAUGAGGAGUUCCCGUCGUGGCUCAGUGGUUAACAAAUCCGACUAGGAACC